AUGUUACUCAACAAAAACAGGUUAAGAAUGUAUAUGGGCAACUGGGAAAUGCUUAAAUAAAUCAGAUUUCGCAGUAGGAGAAUGCUCUACUUUAAAGGGACAAAAUAAGAUUGUGAGAAAUAUCGAUUAGAAUGUUAUAAUUAAGUGAGCGCUUUAGUUACUGAUAAUUGUAUAUUAGAUUGUACUAAAAAGACAGGAUCAGACUUAACACUAGAGUUUUGUGCAAGUAUAAAUUCUCAGUGUUCUCUUAGUAGUAGAAAGAAUUAAUGCGUCGGCAUUAAAUCUUCUUGUUCGGAUUAUACAUCAAGUACUGAUUGCUAUAAAUCUACUCAAAGUUAUUGCUUUUAUUCAAAUGGUAGUUGCAUUUAAAUCACUUCUGUUACAGAUUGCCAAAAAGUUAAUUCUGGUGUUUUAAGUGAUUCCAUUUGCAAACUGUAUAAUAGUGCAUGUACAAUUAAUUAAGCAGGCACUUCAUGUUAGGAAAGGAAAGCUGCUUGUACUAAUUAUGGCACAACUUAAGCAGAUUGCAGCAUUUCGACAAAAGGAAAUUGCUUAUGGAAAGAUUCAACUUGUAUUGGUAUAGUAAAGCCUGCAGGUUCAGAUAUGUGUUAAAUGAAAUUUUGUGUUAUGGGAUCAUUAAAACAUUCUUCAUGUUAAGAUUUUAAUUUGGGUUGCACAAGAAAUCAAGAAGGAAGUCGUUGCCAAUUUUAGGAUACUGUUUGUUUAAACUACACAAAGUAAUCAUAAUGUAGGGCUUCAACAAACAAGUAUUGUCGAUGGAAAAAUAAUGCUUGCAUUAAAUCAACUGAUAUUUCGACUGAAUGUGAAUUAUUUUCUUCUUUAUCAAUUAGUGAGGUAGGCUGUAGCAAUCUACUUACAGAUUGUAUUAAUUUAAUAGAUAACAGUGGUUGCCAGCCUAUUAAAACAGAUUGCAGUGGUUAUUAAUCAGAAAAUGCUUGUAAUAAAAUUUCAUCAAUCUAAUGUUUUUGGAAUUCAUCAUGUAAAUCUUAUGCUUCCACAGCUGUUUGUGAAUUAAUUAGAAAAAAUAAUCUCACAAAUGAAGAUUGCCUUAUAUUCUCUAAUAAUAAUUGUGUUAUUGGUGAUGGCAAAUGUUAGAUUAAAUCAGCUACUUGUGCUGGUUAUUCUACUAAAUAAUCGUGUACUUAUAGUACUGAAGAUAAAUGUAUGUGGUUAAAUGAUAAUUGUUUUGCAAUUUCUUAUCCUUAAAUCUAUGAAGCAGUUACCACAAAAGGAGGUAAAUCUUAUUGUGAGAAAUAAAAUUCUAUAUGCACUGUUAACAUUGAAGGUUACUGCUAAUUAAGAAAAGCAAAAUGCUCUGAUUAUUAAUCAAGUGCUAAGUGCUCAUUUUCAGAUGAAGGUCGGUGUUUCUGGAAUACUGCUUGUACCUUAUUGUCAUCAUCAAAGAUUCUUGUUCAUAAGUGACUGGUUAUAAUUUGAGACAUGAUGUAUGCCAUUCAUUCCAUCCUGAAUGCACUAUAGAUACUUCUCUUUCAUAAUGUAAAUUAAAUCCAAGAUGUAAAUUAGCAGAAGCAAAUUAUGACAUUGAUGGAAAGAAAUGUCUCAGAACAUCUCUACCUGACAACUCACUAACCUCUCUUAAAAUAAGCAAAUUAACUCACUAACCUCUCUUAAAAUAAGCAAAUUAUAAUGUGAAGAUUUAGCAUUAUCGGGAGGGUAUUCCCAUAGUAUUUGCUCUUAAAUGGGUUAUGAUUGCACUGAUAAUAAAUCAAAAACCAAAUGCAUAACGAUGAAAUCAUAAUGUUAAGAUUAUGGUGAAGAAUGUGCUGACGCGACAAAUGCAGGGAAAUUCUGUUAUAUAGACAAUAAUAUAUGCAUGCAAAUAACAUCCAAAUCGUAAUGCUCAUAAUUUAUAGAUAAGGAUGUAACUGAUUAGUAAUGCACAUCUGUGUUAAAUGGUUGCGUACCAAAUUUUUCUCUUACUCAAUGUUAAGAAUAAAAGCAAACAUGCGGAGAAUACCUUACAAAAGAUACUUGCACAUAAUCUGUGGAAACUUAUAGGUGUGUAUUUUCAAUAUUGAGCUCCACUUGUAUAAAUUCACCACCAUGUCCACAACUCGCUAGUCACUUAUAAUCUAUAUGGGAUUGCUCUAAGUAUGGCUGUACAACUCUAGAUGGUCAGUGUGGAAAUAAGGGAGAUCAAUAGUAGAGAUAACAAGUGCUAUCCUAAGGAUGGUGUUUGCGGUUAUCUUACUGA